CGUACGCAGAAGAGUGUUUUUCGCCAAAAUUUACCCUGAAAUGUUGUGAAUUUCCGGCUAAUUUCGGAUUCAAUGUGGACCACAAACCCCAAAUAACCCGUAACCGUGGCGAUUGUUAGUGAUAAUCUCAGUUUCGAGCGCUAUUUCCUCCAGAAUAUGCAACAAAUAGACGAUCCCCCGUAUUUGACUGUUGGCACGGAGGUAAGCGCCAAAUACAAGGGGGCUUUUUGCGAGGCCAAGGUCCGCAAAGUGGUACGGAACAUCAAGUGCAAGGUUGCGUACAAGCAGACUGGGCUCGGUUCCGGCAUCGUGUCGGACGACCAGAUCAAGGGGGCGCUCCGCGUCGGUGCUACCGUCGAGGUUAAACAUCCGGAGCGAAAGGAGUACGUGGAAGCGACGCUGACCAAGAUUCAGGACUGCUCGCAGUACACGGUAGUGUUUGACGAUGGGGACAUUACGACGCUCCGGCGUAGUGCACUGUGUUUGAAAAGUGGAAGACAUUUUAAUGAGAGUGAAACGCUCGAUCAGCUACCGCUGACGCAUCCGGAACACUUCGGCAAUCCGGUGAUUGGCGGUCGCCGGGGAAGGAGAUCCCGUCACCUACUGCAGGACGACAGUUCCGAUGAGGAUGACGAACCGGCCCCAAACGCGCGUGCAAAUACCAGUGAUAAGGAGGAAAACAUUGGCAAGGUGGUUUGUGUGGAAUCGACGGACAACAAGCGCAAGAAUCCGAAGGAAAACUGGUUCCCGGGGUUGGUGGUGGCACCGACCGCUCAGGACACGGUGCGCAUUCGCGUAAAGGAUGAGUAUCUGGUACGAUCGUUCAAGGACGGCCGCUACUACACUGUACCGAAGAAGGAAGCAACCGAAUUUACUCGCGAUUGUACGAACAAGUCGGAAGCUGCUGCCGUUUCCGCUGCUUUAGAUUUCAUGGAUAACGAUACGCUACCGGCGCAUUGGGAUCGCGAAGCAUUGUUCGGGAUGGCUGGCAGUUGCAGCGAUUCGGAACAGGAGCUGGAAACGGAUAGUUCAGAUGACGAACCUACCGAGGAAAAGGACCACUUCGUGGCUCAAUUGUAUAAGUUUAUGGAUGAUCGUGGGACACCGUUGAACAAGGUGCCAUCAAUAAUCAAUCGUGACGUCAAUUUGUACCGAUUAUUUCGAGCGGUUCAGAAGCUCAACGGUUAUAAUCGAGUAACCAGUCAAAAUCAGUGGAAGCAAAUCGCACUGCGUUUAGGAUUUUCCCCAGCAACGGCAAGCAUAACCAAUCUAGUGAAGCAGGCAUACAAGAAAUUCCUGUUUUCGUUCGAAGAAUUCAAUCGAAAGCUGGGAUGUACCAUGGUACCACAUCCGCGUACUAACCGUUCCAAGGGACGAAGCUUAGUACGCGCCAGCUCUGUUCAAUCGCCGAAAAUUAUCGAGAAGGAAAAGCCAUCGACUUCCGUCAAGGCAACAUCGGUAGCUGCAGCAGUUGCAGCGGCCGAAGCUGCUUCCAGUUCGGCCGUCGAUGAAUCUGGCAAUACCAGUGAAUCGAGCACUGCUGAAACCAAGCCACCAACUGCAACGAAGCGCAAACUAUCCGGCGCUGGUGGUGGUAAGGUCAAGGCGCUCGUCGAUAGAUUUGAGGAGAAAGAAAAGGAAAAGAACUCUAAGGAAGGUCCUUCAAGUAAGAAAGACGAUCUGAAUCCGUCUGCUAAGAAAGAUAAAGCAAUCAAAACAGUAGGUCCACCAUCGAAAAUUACAAACGAAAGCAACAAAAUUGAGCUCAAUGACAGGCGCGGUCGCAAAAGAAAGGAAACCGAUUCAACGGACUCAAAGAAAGACGAUAAAGAUAGCGGAAAAGGAUCUUCCAGUGGAGCAUCCUCUUCUUCAACCAGUGGAGAAAGCAAACUAGCUGCAGUUAUCGACACAGGAAAGGCUGAUGCCUCACCAGACUUCCCGAUAGAAGUCGGAGACAAGUUGAAAGUGUACUACGACGAACAGAAAGUGACUUACGAAGCGAAAGUCAUUGAAAUUGCCAAACAGGAAGGCAGUCCAAUCUAUUUGGUACACUACACGGGCUGGAAUACCAGAUAUGAUGAAUGGGUCCGUAAAGAGCGGAUAGCUGAAAAUCUCACCAACAGUAAGACCAAGAAAGGUAAAUCCGAACGCAACAGCAGCGGCAGCAAGCAUGGCUCAACGCCACAAAGUGGCGGCAAUCCAUCGACGGCGAACACCCCAUCAAGUGCUGCCUCGACACCAACCACCACGCCGAAAACUUCCAAACGCAUUCGAGGCAACUCGAAAGGGGACAUUCCUGGACACACCUCGACGAAUUCGCCCCGUUCCACAACGCCGAACAUUUCAUCCCAUCGAAAUAAAUCACCCGCUUCAGCCCAUCAGGGAACGGGCCCUCCAAACCGGCGUCCGGUAACGCGCGGUGGUCAUCCACCGCCGAUGUCGUCGUCGUCCUCUGCGUCCAAGCGGCGCACCUCCAACAACACCGACAUUUCGUCGCUCUCCAUUGCCACCGAUGACAAUACCAGCGACACCGACUCGGACGAGCCGAUCAAAAAGUGCCCGGCCAACACCAACAGCAACAGCUCGUCCUCGACCGCGUCGUCCAAUUCGUCCUCGUCGUCCUCGUCAUCCAGCAGCAGCAUGAGCUCGAGCAGCACGAAAGUAAGUACAACGGCCGAAGCGGGCUCGUCCUCGGACGCGGCGGCCAUCUCGGACGAGUUUAGCAACGGAGCUUCCAAGGGCCGCGAUUACGAUCUGAAUCAAAUCCGUUCCGAGCUCAAAGGAUUCAAGGAGCUCAAAUCGCCGACAUCUCCAGCAUCGGACAGCACUACGACGGCUACGACCACGGAUGUUGCCGGUACGGCUAUCGCCGGCGUUCUUCCGUCAUCGGUCGCCGCUGAUUUGGGCGAUAAGGAAGCGAGCGUCGAUUCUGUUAGUGAUAAGAAACCCGCCUCGACGAAGGUCGCCGAUGGAAAAACUGUUCUCGAAGACGCAGUUGAAGAAGAACAGGAAAAAUCCUCCGAGACGGAAACCCUUAGCGAGGAAGAUUCCUCGCAAUCUUCAAAUAAAGCAUUUUCCAGUUCGCCCAUUACGGCUAUGGUGGAUUCGGAUACUGGUCCCGAAACUCCAAUUGCUCCACCAACCGUCUCGACGCCCACUCCGACCGUAAUUGUUACGAAUACUACAGCAACUGUAUCGAGUGGUGCUUCCAGUACGACUCUAACCAGUAGCAGAAACGUUAAAUCAACUGCAGAGUUGAUGCAGGGUAAAAAUGUUGAGAAAGUUGUUGAGAAAUCAGUGGAAAAAGUGGUUUCGACAAAAUCGACCGAAGAGAAGCCUUCCGGAAGUGGUAUACUUGCCAAACCGCCAUUGAAAACGUACGGAACGGCUGCUGCAAUACUUGCGAAUGCAGAGAAUAAUGCUGUGAAGUUUGCGUUGAGUACAAUAAUAAGAGAAGUUGAAGCUGACAAGCUUCCCCUGAUAGUCGGUGAGGAGAACAUUGACGCCAGUACCAGUUCGGCUUCAACGCCAGCAACGGUCUCUACCUUCACUAAAGACGUACCUGUUCCGGUGAUUACCAAACCAUCGCAUUUACUUUCUGAGGAAAAAGCAGCGACAGCAACUGCCCUUCCGUCGACAACGACCGGGGUCGUACGGGGUAAUCCUUCCACCGCUCGAGUGGAAAUUGUUUCGUCAAACCCUGCCACGCAACAGCACUCAGUACCGGUCAAGGGUACAAAAAUGAUCAACGUUCAGGACGAAAUUGUGGCUACCGUGAUCAAUAAGUCGGCCAUUGCCGCUGCAACUACGGCGAUUGCGGUUUCGGCCGCCGUUUCCUCUACGAUUCCCGGCAGCAGCGCUGCGAUGGCCCAUCCCAUCCCAUCGGUAGCACCGAUAACAGUUGUAUCAACCACAUCCGGUAGUAGCACAUUGGCCGCACUACGUGCGGAGAAAAAGUUUGCCGGUGAUAAGAAGAUGGAUAAAAUAAUUUGCAGUCCGAUCGGGAAGGGACUAGGAAUGGGGGUAACGAUGGCGCAGCCAUCCGAGAAAAAACUUUCCUCCUCGACGCUUACGCCAGCGCAGAAUAAGCUGCUCAGCAAGGAAGCUCUGUCGAUUAAGUCGAUUUUUGAGUCUAGUGCGACUCGCUUGGAGGAUAACAUCUCCGAUGUGUAUGAAUUUAAGGACGUGGAGUUUGAACUGGAUGCGACAACAACGGGAACGACUCCCAGGAAGCACCUGUCAGAGGUACCGCAAGCCGAAGUGGUUAGUUCGAUGACACCGGCGCUGCUGAGUGACGAAAAGAAGAUGGGUAAGAAAAAUCCAACCAGAAAGCUUGAUCCAUUGGGAUUGUUGGACAAGAAGUCGAAGAAAAUAUCUCCAAUUAAAGAAACCGAUAAACUCAAACUGGUACGGAGGGAGAAGGAACGAGAUUUGGAGAAGGAGAAACUUCUGCUGAGUGAGCUGGAAGGGGCCGCAGCUACGUUCAGUAGUACUAUGACCACCCCGGAAAAGUCUUCUCCGUAUUUCGCUGGUUUUUCACCCGCUUCAAAGUUGGAAAAUCCCACCUUCGAUGUGCUGCAAAAAUCUCCCGGUGUGAGUACCGUUCUUUCGCUCAGAGACGAGAAACCGUCGCUGCUUUGCGAGGAGCAAAAGCCCGAAUUACCGAAACCAGUGGUUGUUACUAAAGGCAUCUUCACACCGGUAAUGUCCCCUACGGGACCGGAAAUGUCUGGCAGCGAAUCGGCAAUGAGCCCAUCGAAAAUCGAUGAAAAGAUCAAGGAAGAACCUACACUGGAGAAUUGUAAGAAAUACUUCAACGAUAUGAACUUCGAGUUUGAUGCUCCGAAGAUCGAAAAACCGCCCUCAAUUGCCGAUAAAGUUCUUAAAGCUCUCGGUCAUCCACAGCAGAGCCACACAAGUGGCGUUAAAUCUGAAUUCCCGAAAUACAUCAUCCCAACCGGGCAUCAAAAACUUCCACCGACCAUCUCUGUAAUCUCCGAACCGGGAACCAGUUGCAGUGCCAUCAAUGCAAUUCCGCUGAAAAUUGAAUCGCCUAACUUUGUUCCGAUACUUCCCAUCAAAACCCAUCACACAGAGCCACCGAAAAUCGAAAUACACAGCAUCAUCCUUAAAAAGGAAAUGGAUCUGGCCAAAUCCACUCCCAUCGCGCCGAAGGCAGCUCCAAUUACGUUCUCCAUUAAACCAGAAAUUCUCCCGGCGGCAACAUGCACCAAGACCCAGGAUCUAACGGAAUCGAUCAAAAAGCUGGAAACUUCCAGCCUUGUUCAGGCAGAUUCGUCUCGUUUUACCCACCACGACGAGGACAGUACCGACUCGAACGACUCCGAGCACCGUCUCGUGAUCGAAGAUCCCGAAGCACUGGAUCCACCCGUCGUCGCAAAUCCCAACAAUCAGCAAACGGAUUUCGAGAAACUGAUCAAGGUAGAAGUAGAGGAAAAGUCCCACCACAUGCAUCUCUCCCAAGCGGACAUCCAUUCGGCGGCAUCCGCCGCGGCUGUUGCAGCCGUUGCCUGCAAGGAACGGUUAGUCCUCAAAACUAGCGACCUUUUGCAUGACGUCGUUAAGGAGGAACCACUGACUGCCCACUUCGGAGACAUCACACUAACGAAAAAAGGAAAGCAGCCGAGCAUCCUGGAAACGAUCAUUCAAAGUGAGCUGAAUACGGUCACAAGCCGAGGCAUGGGAUCGCACAGCUACCUAAAGCUGAAGGAUCAACACGAUUCCUUCGCCCAGAACGAACUGGAACGGCUACGACGGGAGGAGCAACUCCAGCAUCAGCAGCAGCAAAUCGGGACCGGUUUACCGCUAAUGGCCGACAACUCUUCCGAGAAGCAACAGCCACCACAACAACAGAACAGCAACCAAAGUGAAUCGCUUUCGAUGCUGCUGUGCGAGGAAACCAUUCCCGGUUCACCGGCUCCGGUAUGUGGCGUUUCAUCCGCCGCAGCGCAGAAGGAAUCCACUAAGGUGUACGUCGAGACGGGUUCCGCCUUCCUGCAGCCGCAAAACAUUGCCGCACCCGAUCUUAAACCCGUGCCGAUGGAUCUGGAACCGAGCGCGGUUGAUCCGAUUGUCGGCAUGGGCAGGAAAGGUUCGUCCUCGCAACCGGAUGCUACCGAUACACCGAACAGUUCCCCUCGGGAUUCCGUCAGUCAGGAUGAAAAUCAAGAAGUGGAAGCCUCACCAGCGAAAAAGCGAAGACAACGGAAAACGAGCGAGGAACCGAGCAACAAACGGAGGCGAACCGCAGGUACAGGAUUUACUUCCAGCAGUGGUUAUGGAUCGCGGGGAAGUCAUCGUCCCGUGGGAAGUAACGCCACCGACAGCGAGGACAAUUCCGACUCCAUGGCAUUUCAGCGGGGAGGUUCUGUUGGCGGGCAGUCUUCUGGUGGUGCGGGUGGUUCCGCAACGGCUUCUCCCAGCGGUAAAUCCGGCCGACCAUGUCAGUACAAUUUCCUCGUUAAUUUGGAUCCGGCCCUAAACAGUGCCCAACGGAUAGCAAUACUGAAGAAAAAGAUUCAGGAGUUGCGGAAAACGUACAACGCGAUCAAAGCCGAACUGGCAAGCAUCGAUCGCCGACGGAAGAAGCUCCGACGGCGCGAGCGGGAAAACAAAAAGCAAGCCAAAUUGGCUGCCACCGGCAGUGGCACCAAUUGAGCUGCGCUCGCAAUAAUACUUGAGCUUGUAAUCUGUUAUUAUUGAAUUGAGUGACAAAAUUUUGAUUCAAAGCUCAAACAAAUAUUUAUUAGGCAGGACAAACUUGGUGAGUGAUUAGGUAGACUGUAAGCCAGUUUUAAGGUAAUUCUUACGUUCGACUCUAGAGGAACGCAAGUCACACAAAACACCCACGAAUAUUUUACGUUAUUUUUCGGAUGAAAAAGAAACAAUUGUACAAUCAACCUAACAUCCGUUUAUUUUAUUGUUUCCACAUAGAUUUUUGGUUUAGCCUUAGGUAUUAAAUGUACAAUUGAAUCAGGUUCUAAAAUAUUUCGAUCUAAUAAAAUCACCAAUAUUUGAAACUUUAGCCGUAGUAUUAAGCUGUAAACUUGCAGCGAAAGAUCCACCAUCGUUUCUUGAACAAUCGAAACAGACAAAAAGAGGUUGAACUGAUAAGAACGAGCAACGCCGGGCGGCUUGCACAUUCUUAUCGGCUGAUAAUGUAAAUAGUGAAACAGUGAAAGCAUGAAAUAAUUGAAAAAGCUAUUAAAAUAAUAACAGUGUUAAUAGGGGUCACCAGUAGAUGUUGGUAGAAAAAAAACCUAAAACUACGAACACACAGAUGUUGCUAUCAUGAAUCAUACAUCGUACAUAAAAUAUGUUAGAUUAGACAACAUUGAAUGAUUACACUUUUCUGAUUCUCAAUCGUUGUUUAAUCAAAGUACAAGAUCCGUACACGCUACUACAACACGUUGUAAAAUGCGUCUGCAGUAUGAUAGAGCAGACAAAUGAAAUUUAAUUAUGUCUAUUUAAUUGAUUUAAUAAAAAAAACUGUU